UAUUGAUCACAUGAUGAUUCUAUCACCGCUGUCAGUUAUUGCCUUAUUGGGAAUCGUGAAAGGGGGUGAGGUCUGCUAUGACAAAAUUGGCUGUUUCAACGAUGAUAUACCGUGGUCAGGCACAGAGGAACGGUUAAUAAGCAGACUGCCCUGGUCUCCAGAAGAAAUUGGUAUAAGUUUCUUGCUGCACACUCGCGAGAAUCCUCUUGAUUAUCAUGAGGUCCAGGCUUUCAAUGAAUCCACCUUGUCUACAUCAAACUUUAAAAAUAGCCGCAAAUCUCGCUUUGUUAUCCAUGGCUUUAUCAGCGAAGGAGAGGCAAGCUGGCUGGAAGACAUGUGCAAUGAAAUGUUAAAAGUCGAGGAUAUAAACUGUUUCUGCGUUAACUGGCAGCGUGGAGCACAUGCUCUUUAUACCCAGGCUGUCAAUAAUGUCCGAGUUGUGGGUGCUGUUCUGGCCUACUUCAUCGACACGCUUAUGAACACUACUGGCUACUCUCCAUCAAACGUACACCUUAUUGGCCACAGUCUGGGAGCGCAGGUAUCUGGGGAAGCAGGAAAGAGAAGACCUGGGAUUUCCAGAAUAACCGGUCUGAGUCCAGCAGGUCCCUACUUCCAGGGAACCCCACCUGAGGUCCGCCUGGAUAUAACAGAUGCAGAACUUGUGGAUGUAAUUCACACAGACACUUCCUCCCUUAUUGCCCAUCUAGGGUUCAAAGGUUAUGGAACCAGCCAAUUGCUUGGUAAUCUGGACUUUUUUCCUAAUGGAGGAGAAGGGAUGCCAGGAUGUGAGUUUCACAUCACUAUGCUCUUUCACCCUGAUGAGCUAUGGAAAGAUGGUGGUCUCUUUGCAUGUAAUCACCUCCGAAGCUACCGCUAUUAUACAGCAACCAUCUCCAAUCGCGAGGGCUUUAUUGGAUUUAAAAGUGACUCUUAUGAGCAUUUCCAACUGGGUGAGGGGUUCCCAUGUCCAGCAAUUGGCUGCCCAUUAAUGGGUCACUAUGCAGACACCUAUGCUGGAAUAACACCAGAUAACCAAGUGUUUUACUUGGACACUGCUGCAGAAACUCCCUAUUCAAGUUGGAGAUACAAGAUAACUGUCCGGGUGAAAGACAUGAUGACUCUGCUUCAAGAUUCACAGAUUUCUUUACAUGGGAGUCUUGGGCAGACCAACAAAUAUCAAAUUUACAGUGGAUACAUAACUGAAGACGCUAUUUACACGACAUACAUUGAUGUGGAACUUUAUGUUGGAGAACUCACUCAAGUGAUAUUUCACUUCAAAGAGGAUCUGCCUGACUUCUUGCAACCCCCAUUAGCCAAUGAGACAAUUGCCAUACAGUUUGGAAAAGAUGGAAAGAUGUAUAAUUUCUGUGGAAAUGAAACUUUAGAAAAACAAGCCAUCUAUCUUCCAUUAUGUUAA